AUGUUGCAAAUAUUUUUAAUAGGAUCUGGAUUUGGUUAUUCGAUGAUGGGAUGCUCGAAAAAGAAAAAAGAAGUCAAGUCAGCUGUUGUGAAAAAGGAAAGCCCAAAAAAGGAAUCAUCGAAGAAAAGUGAAAAAAUCAAAAUAAAUACGCCAAAUUUAUAUCGAAAUGCGAAACCAGUUCCAAUAGAUCCUAGAGCUUAUGGUGAUAUUUUGCAUGAGAUUGGAAAAAGACUUCGAUCCACGGUAAUUCAGAGAACUUGUCCCCAUUAAUUAAAACAAUUGUUUUCAGGUGGCAUUCGCGAAAGAAGGAAAAGUUAUCCUUAACUUUGAAGCAGACGACUGUUGUACGGACCCAAAAUUCACUGCAUUUGAUGCAAAUCCAACGCGAAAUCGAUACAAAGAACUGAAAUGUAUGGAUCAGUAUCGAGUUGUUCUUGAAAAUCGAAAAAACGAUUAUAUUAAUGCGUCAUGGGUUGUUUGUAAUUCUAGAAAAUAUCGAGGAAAGAAUAUAUUGACACAAGGACCACUUCCGAAUACGAUUUCUGAUUUUUGGGCGAUGAUUUAUCAGGAAAAAGUUGAAUAUAUUGUUAUGUUUUGUUCAUUUACUGAAAAUGGAGUUGAACAAUGUGCAAAACAGAGUACCGCAACGAAACAUUUUUGUGAAACAGUUUCACUUGGUUUCAGCAGAACAUUUUACAAAAUUUCAAUGUUUUUACUUUCUAUCUGAGUCACUUUUUGUUUUUUCAACGAGUGUCACGAUUAAAAAUGAUCAGACAAUGAAAAAGGUCGAAUUAGAAAAAUAUUAAAAACGUGACACGGUGCAGGUGUGACGUGUUUUCGAUGCAAAACAUUUUCAAAAAAUGAAAUGCUUCACGUGUUUUUUCAUAACACAUUUAAUUUCUCGAAAUGUGUCACACCAAAAAAGAGUGACACAAAAAAAUGUUUCACGUUUUGAAAAAAUUAAUUGUGUGACACAUUAAAAUGUGUCACACAAUUUUUGUAUGACACAUUCAAUUUUUAAAAAUGUUUCAUUGGUUUUCAACGAAACAAAUCUGAUCAGCUGUUUUGUUUCGCCACAUUUUACCAUUUUCUCUAUUAGAGAAUUUGAUAGAAAAAGCGACCUGGAAGGGAAUUUGAACACAUUUCGAAAGGAUUAGUUUGUGAAGAUAUUAUUUCACUUUUGAGAACUUAUGAAAUGGACCCGAAAAAGUCGGACCAAGUCAGAUUUUUUGAAAAAAAAACUGACAAGGAAACCUUUCGGAACCGCCAAAAAAUUGAUAAUUUUAUCCAGCAAACCUCACCCAAUACCUGAUAUUCCAAGUGGGCAAUUUUUUUCUUGGAAAACCUAACCUUGUAAGUGGGAAAAAAAUUUAAGGGCUUUCAAGGCCAGCCUCAGUCGGGAAAAACAUUUUCACUAGGUGGGUAAUUUUGAAAAAUGAACCCAGGUGGGCAAUUUUCCAGCCACUGCUCCAGGUUCUUGGGUGAGGUUUGUUUUUCCAGAAACCUAAAGUCCUCCACAAAAUCUUAGCCUCACCGCCAAUUUUUUCAAAAAAUUAGGAAAUUUGAUUUUAUGUGGAAAAUAAAAACUAUUUUUCAAAAAAAAAAAAUCAAGUUUUCAUUUCAGCCUCAUUUUCAUCUGAAAUUUGAAGUAGGGCAAAUUUAUGUAUCACCUUUUGACACAUUUUGGCUAUACCAACUUUUUCAGAAAAAAAUCAAAUUUCCGAAUUUUUGAAAAUUUUGGCGGUGAGGCUAAUUUUGUGGAUGACUGUAGGUUUCUGGAUAAAAUUAUCAAUUUUUUGGCGGUUCCGAAAGGUUUCCUUGUCAGUUUUUUUUUCAAAAAAUCUGACUUGGUCCGACUUUUCGGGUCCAUUUCAUAAGUUCUCAAAAGUGAAAUAAUAUCUUCACAAACUAAUCCUUUCGAAAUGUGUUCAAAUUCCCUUCCAGGUCGCUUUUUCUAUCAAAUUCUCUAAUAGAGAAAAUGGUAAAAUGUGGCGAAACAAAACAGCUGAUCAGAUUUGUUUCGUUGAAAACCAAUGAAACAUUUUUAAAAAUUGAAUGUGUCAUACAAAAAUUGUGUGACACAUUUUAAUGUGUCACACAAUUAAUUUUUUCAAAACGUGAAACAUUUUUUUGUGUCACUCUUUUUGGUGUGACACAUUUCGAGAAAUUAAAUGUGUUAUGAAAAAACACGUGAAGCAUUUCAUUUUUUGAAAAUGUUUUGCAUCGAAAACACGUCACACCUGCACCGUGUCACGUUUUUAAUAUUUUUCUAAUUCGACCUUUUUCAUUGUCUGAUCAUUUUUUAUUUGUGAAGUGUUGUGAAUUUUUUUUGAGUGGUGCUAUUUUUGUUUCGAAAUUCAUUAAAAUCAGUGACACUUAUAAGAAAGUUCAGUUUCAUGUUUCGCUUUGUUUCGAAACAAAACAAAAUCUUGCGGUACUCUGGUGCAAAAUAUUAUCCAAUUGAAGAAGGAGAUGAAAAAUAUGAUAAUUUUGAAGUGAAAUAUGUUGAAAAAGAGAAAGAUCCAGUUGAAGGUGUAACUUGGACGGUUUUACAUUUGUUUGAUAAAAAUUCAAAUGAAUUGAAAGCAAGAAGAGUUAACCAUAUUUAUGUAUCUUGGUGGGCUGAAAAUACAGCACCUGAUGAUCCGAAAUUAACAAUUGAAUUGUAUAAAUGGUUGAUAAAUAAGAAUGAAUCACAUAUUCCAAUGGUAUUUCAUUGUAAUAAUGGAAUUGGAAGAUCUGCCACUUUUGCAUCAAUUUAUUAUAUUCUUCGAAUUGAUAUCGAAUAUUGGAUGGAAGGUUAUUAUGGUGAGUUGAAGUUUGACCACAGCGAAAAUGAUCAAAUGCGCUCUAGCGAACAGGCGGUACAUUUGAAUGUUCUGUGUGUUUUAAUGAGGAACAUUGUUAAAAAAAAGUGAAAAAAUGCACAUUUUCAGAUGGAAUUUCAUUUAUUUUGCUCCAAAGUAUUCGGGAAUUUCGUCAUGGCGCACUCGAAUCACCACUUCAAACAACAUUCUUCUUCUGUUGUCUUUUGGAAUAUUUCAUUCAAGAAGAAAAAUUGGAUAGAAGUGAAAAAGUUGAUAAAUUCAUGAGUGAUUAUAAAAAAUAUGCACAAGAAGUUCGAGAAUGUGUGAAAACGAAUAAGCCAAUUUCAAUCGACGUUUUCGAACAACGUUCGAUUGUAAUAUACAAAACACCUGCGAGCGCAAUGGAGAAGCUUCCUGGAGGCUGGGACGACGAUUAA